CAUGCAUGACUAAAAUCCUGACGAGAUGGGGAAACGGAGGAAAAGGGGGUGCACACCUCCCACGGGGCUGCUCGCUCUCUGACAAGCACACGUGCCUUCUGGCAAUGAAAGGCGUUCAUGGAAAACGUAAAUUACGGAAAUCGUUUAUGGAUUUCAAGGUUUUCUGCAUCGAAAGGCACUCUUACCUGCUCUUAUGGGUCUGAGCGGGACCUGGUUGAGGCACCCACACGCUACGGCAUCAGACUGAAGAGCCAUCUAGGGUUUCAGGAGCUCUGCUGCGACCGAAGCAGGAGCAUGAGCAGUUCACCGUGACGUUGGGGGGAGGGUGAUAUUGGUGCCCUGCAAAGAGCGUGUGGGAGAAGAACUUCAAGUGUGAGUUGAUUGCGGUGAAAAGUCGUGCAAUACAGGACUCGCCUUUUCACUGCACACUUUUCCUGGGCUCCGAGAACCCCUGUGCGUUGUGGUGUGUGCGUGUCUUCCCUAGGCUGGCGGGUUGCUUCCUCGGCCCUGACUGCUGUAAGGACAUUUCUGCGGUUCUUACUCACAACGGAAAGCUGAAGACCCUGAAACUCGGGAACAACAGAGUCGGCGACGCUGGCGCCAGGCAGCUGUGCGCGGCCCUGAGGCACCCGGGCUGUGCACUACAGACGCUCGGGCUGGACAUGUGUGAGCUCACGGCGGCCUGCUGUGAAGACCUGGCCUCUGCUCUCACCGUCUGCAAAGCCCUGAGGAGCCUGAACCUGGACUGGAUCGCGCUGGACCUGGCCGGGGCGCUGGCGCUGUGCGAGGCUCUGUGCCACCCGGACUGCGCCCUGCAGGUGCUCGGCCUGGAUAAAUAUGCAUUUGAUGAGGAAAUUCAGAUGCUUCUGACAUCUGUGGAGGAGAAGAAUCCCCACCUGACCAUUUCACACCAACCUUGGAUCGAGGAGGAGUACAGGAUCAAGGGCAUGCUGGUCUGAGCGGAACCCCUGAGCUAGUCUUCGCACAGAGCUUUUCCCCUGGACACGACGGGCCUCUGCUCCUGGCACAGCCUUGCCGUGACUGCACGUCAGGCAGUGGGGGCUGGCCGCACAGACAGGGACUGCGCAGGCAGUGCGCGUGAGGGCCGCACUCCCCUCAUCUCUCCACUCCCCUGUCUUUUGAGUUCCCAAUGCCACCUUGGAAUACUUAGAAGAGCAAACACAUUAAGCAAAUGCUAAGUAUCCUGGGAAACAGGACCGCGUUUUCUUACUGGGGGUCUUGUGGCAUAGGGGCUUGGAUUUGCAGAAACUGUUACCCUCCGCUAGCUCUGACUUGAAGUGAAGCGAGAGUGUCUGUAGACGUACUGGUAUCAUUAGAUGUAACACCCACCCACACUUCCUAUCUCUGUUUUGUCCACAUUUAUAUUUGAUAAGCUUUUUUGGCCUA